GAUAAUGAAGAAGAAGAUGAUAUAGGAGAUAAAGAAGAAGAAAUUAAUGAAGAAGAAUAUAGAAGAUCAAUAGAAGAAACUUUAUCAGAUGAUGAAAAGUUGGAACGGAAAGAAAAAGCUCAAGUAUUAAAAGAUGAAGGCAAUAGAUUAUUUAGAUUAGGAAAUUAUACAGAAGCUCUUGAACAAUAUUCAGAAGCAUUAAAUAUAUGUCCCUAUUCUUUUCCUAAAGAAAGAUCUAUAAUGUUUUCUAAUAGAGGGGCAUGUCAAAUGAAACUGGAGAAUAAUGAAGAGGGUAUAAAAGAUUGUAGUAGUGCGAUAGAACUUCAUCCUCAUUAUGUUAAAGCUAUAUUAAGAAGAGCAGAAUUAUAUGAAAAAACAGAGAAAUUAGAUGAAGCCUUAGCAGACAACCAAAAAGCUGUAGAGUUAGAUCCCAGUCAAACAAAAGCCAGAAUAACAGCAAUGAAAUUAUCAGAAGAAAUUAAAGAUAGAAAUGAGAAAAUGAAGACAGAAAUGUUAGGUAAAUUAAAAGAUUUAGGUAAUUUAGUUUUAAAGCCGUUUGGAUUAUCUACAGACAAUUUUCAACUGGCACAGAAUCCUGAUACUGGUUCAUAUAGUGUUAAUUUUAAACAGAAU